AUGGCCUCGAAGCUGAAGAUCGCUGCUAUCCAAGCUGAGCCUGCUUGGCAGGACCUUGAGGGUGGCGUCAACAAGUCCAUCGCCCUCAUCGAAAAGGCCGCCAGCGAGGGAGCGAAUGUUGUUGGCUUUCCCGAGGUGUUCAUCCCCGGAUACCCAUGGAGCAUUUGGGCCAAGUCUCCCACUGACAACGCCGGCUUCAUGGACGAGUACUUCCGCAACUCUCUUGUGAAGGAUUCCGAUGAAAUGAAGCGCAUUUGCGCUGCCGUCAAGGAGGCCGGUGUUUUCGUCGUUCUGGGAUACAGCGAGCGCUACAAGAACACGCUUUACAUCGCACAGUCCUUCAUUGACGAGAACGGCGUCAUCGUCCACCACCGCCGCAAGAUCAAGCCAACCCACGUCGAGCGCGCUUACUGGGGCGACGGACAGGGCGAGUCUCUCCAGACCGUCGUUCCUAGCACCGCGCACCCGGAUGUUCGCAUCGGCGGUCUCAACUGCUGGGAGCACACGCAAACGAUGCUGCGCUACUACGAGUACGAGCAGAACGUCGAUCUGCACGUCGCCAGCUGGCCUCUGAUCUGGCCUCAGCCCAAAGACAAGGACGGAAACCUCGACAAGGAAUGGCCCGCCCACAUUACCGAUGAGAUGAGUCUGCGCUUCUCGCAGAUCGUUGCGCUUGAAGGAGCCUGCUUCGUGAUGGUAUGCACGCAGAUCUGCACCGAGGAGUCGAAGAAGCGGUGCCGCAUUGAUGAGUUUGGCUACGCCAACAACGAUCCUGCCCACGGAGGUGGCUUUAGCAUGAUCUACUCUCCAUGGGGCCAGGAGCUGGCGACGCGUCUUCCGCCGAACGAAGAGGGAAUUCUGUACGCGGAAGUUGAUCUUGCUGAGAAGGCCAAGGCGAAGCAAAACUUGGAUAUCGUCGGACACUACUGCCGCCCUGACCAGCUGAGUCUCCGCGUUAACAAGUAUCCCGCGAGACCCGUUCACUACGCUGCCGACCCUUGA